CUUCUCCAAUGGAUAAUAACCAAGAAGAAGAGCCUAAGCAAACUCCAAACAAACUUCCCGAUCUAAUUCUCUUCGAGCAAGCAAAUUCUGAAAUUGCUCUCGCUGCUUCCCAAGCUAAUUCCCAUUUUGCCCCUCCUAUUCAUGAUUUGUCCUCCUCAAUGCUUUCAAUGAUGGAAAGUGAUGAAGAGUCUGAAGACGAAGAAGAAGGAGAAGAAAGCAAUGAGAAUUAUUAUGAGUAUUUCGAUAGCAAUGGGUUUGGAGUAGAAGAAGACGAAAUCAAUGAGUUUCUUGAGGACCAAGAAAGCGACUCUAACCUUGAAGAGGAUGAUUUCUUGGAAGAAGAAGAUGAGAUUGACCCCGACCAGUUGUCUUACGAGGAACUGAUUGCCCUUGGAGAUUUUAUUGGAGUCGAGAAACGUGGGCUAACUCCGACUGAAAUCUCUACGUGUUUGAACGCAUCUACCUACGUUUUUUCACAUAACAAAAACGAGAUUGAUCGUUGUGUGGUUUGCCAAAUGGAGUUUGAAGAAGCAGAAUCUUUGGUCGUUCUCCGACUUUGUAAUCAUCCAUACCACUCUGAAUGUAUAACCAAAUGGCUUCAGACGAAGAAGAUUUGUCCCAUUUGCUGCUCCGAACCAUCUCUCGGUUAAAAUCUCGGAAAUAUUUGAUUAUUGAUUUUAUAGAUUUCUUCUUAGUUUCCAUUAGAAACACGUCGCCAAAGAUUAAAAUGAAUAAAUGGUUCAAAAAAGUGAUCAUGAGGUUGUAGAAUUUGGUGAUCCUUGGAAACUCAUUCGUCACUAAAAAAAAAACUCAAGAAAGCCAUAUAUACAUGAAUCUCCUAUUGUACACGUAACGUCUCGUAAUCAUACAAACUU